AUGGAGCAGGAGAGCAACAAGAAGACACUAUUCUCAUGGGCCAUGAAAGGGAGAUGGGGCGAGGUCAUUGAUAUGUACAGGCAAGAUGCGAGGCUUCACAAUGCCAGAAUCACUCGCUCUGGACACACUGCUCUGCACAUUGCUGUCUCUGAUGGGAAGGAGGAUGUGGUUAAGCAGAUGCUUCACGUCAUGUCCCAGAAACAACCUCGUAAAGAGGGUCUUAUAAAGGCUCUGCGAACUCCUAAUAAUAGAAACAACACUGCCUUGCAUUUGGCGGCUUCCAUGGGCAAUUCCCGAAUGUGUUACAUCAUUGCUAGCGAGGACCCUGCCUUAGUGGAUGAUCGCAACGUUGACGGCGAGACGCCCCUCUUCUUGGCCGCUCUCCAUGGCAGGAAACAAGCUUUUCUUUGCCUUCAUCACAUCCGAAACGGUCCCACCACUACGCCCCUCCGUGCUAACAUCAAUACUGUGCCCUUCUAUGCUAACUGUAGAAGGAACAACGGUGACACUAUCCUUCACGCUGCAAUCCAUGGUAACUACUUUGAUCUUGCAUUUCAGAUAAUUCAUCUGUAUGAAGACCUUGCGAAUUGGGUGAACGAGGAAGGGUGCUCUCCUCUGCAUUUGCUAGCAUCAAAGCCGUGUGCUUUCAAAAGCGGAAGCCACCUUGGACGGAUGGAAACCAUCAUUUAUCACUGUAUUUAUGUUGAGAAGCUUAAGUUAGAAAAUCAAGAACAUCAUAAAUUUCCAGUAUUGAGCAAUAUUGGUAAACCUGUUGAAAGAGACGCGGAAGAUCCAGGAGCGGGAGGACCACGAGAAGACGGAGGUCAGACAAAUCCGUUAUUUCCCGCUAAUUACCAAACUUGUUGCGAUCUGAUCAAGUUCUUUUUUCUGGUGAUUGUGACAAUUUUUGUGAAAGGAUCUAAGGAAUGGAAGAGGAUAUAUGAGAAAAAGCAGACCCAUAAAUGGUCUGUUCAGAUAGUGAAACAACUUCUUCACUCCACUUCCCAGCAUGAGUACGAGGCUGACGGGGGAGACCCUAAGGGAGAAGGCUAUAAUAAUACGACGUCGCCACAGCAGGAUGCCCCCUCCGACGCAUCAGCAGUCAAACCUAGCAGCACCAACGACAAAGAAGAUAAACAACGUCCUAAAGGGACUACAGCAGAGACUCCAAUAUUAGUGGCAGCAAAGAAUGGUGUGGUGGAAAUGAUAGAGGAAAUUGUGGAGGUCUUUCCGGUAGCUAUUUACGAUCUAAAUGAAGAUAAGAAGAACAUAGUGUUACUGGCAGCAGAACACAGCCAACCUAAAGUGUAUCAGUUCUUGCGGGAGAAGAAUAUAUACAGAGAGAGCCUAUUCCAUCAGGUGGAUAAGGAUGGAAACAGCGCAUUGCACUUGGCAGCCACACUUCGCGACGACGAGCAUUGGCUCAUUCCUGGCGAUGCUCUUCAAAUGCAAUGGGAACAAAAGUGGUACAAGUUUGUGAAGGAGAAUACUCCAUCUGAUUUCAUUGGCCGAUACAACAGGAAGAACGAAACCCCAGACGUUGUCUUUACCAAAACUCACAGGAACCUCCAAAAAAGGGCCGCUAAGUGGAUGAACAAAACCUCAGAAUCAUGCUCGGUAGUGGCCGCACUAGUUGCCACGGUGGCCUUUACCACAAACGCCACUGUGCCCGGCGGAGUUGUCCAAGAAACAGGCCAACCAACACUUGAAGGUGAGUCACAAUUCCAACUGUUCGCCAUCUCAUCACUCGUAGCCCUGGGCUGCUCCGUCACGGCCCUCGUGAUGUUCCUAUCUAUACUCACUUCUCGAUUUCAAGAGAGAGACUUUGAAAAAGACUUGCCCGGGAAGUUACUGGUAGGUUUGACUUCUUUGUUCGUGUCGAUUGCUUUCAUGUUGGUGUCAUUCUGUGCUGGACACUUCUUCGUGCUCAAGGAUACACUUCGUUAUCUUGCUCUUCCAAUAUAUGUGGUGACCUGCCUCCCUGUAACCCUUUUUGUUUUGGCUCAAUUUCCUCUCUACUUUGAUCUUCUGCGGGCUACCUUUAAGCAUGUUCCCAAAAGUAGUGGCAGGCCCAUGCUGCUUGACGUCAAUGGCGAUCCUCAGCAAACUCUGGCCAACAAAGUAGACCAUAUCAUCACUCUCUUAAGCCAUGGAGCAGGAAAGCAACAAGAAGGGAAUGAAAAGGGAACGGGGCAAGGUCAUCCAGACGUACAGGCAAGCUGA